AUGUUCUCGACGCAACUCACGCCACAAUCCAUUCCGAGUCCCAGUCCCUUCUUCGCCGCCAGUCGGCCGUCACAGCCUCACUUCUAUACACCUGUCACCCCGUCGCCGCUUCGGACGUCGAGGAAUGCAAACCUCAUGCCCGUGAGCCCUGAACGCGAAGGCGGGAAUCCACCUUCCUCUCCGUUGAGGCUGGGAAGUUCGCCGCUGGGGAAGUUUGCGGUUGCCGAGGAGGAACAGAAUGAAAGCUUGACAUCUCAUCGCACCUCUGGACUCUAUUUGCAAAAGACCCCGGAAGUGUCGAAACAACAUGCAGCGGCCCUGACAGGGAGUGCUGCCGGUGUGCUAGCCACGCCUCCGGACUCGACACGCUCGAAGACCGGCUCCGGCGGCAACGGCCAGGCAACAUUCGGCUUUCCAAAGACCCAGAGCACUUCGGCAUUUUCAAGUCUAGCAGGCUCGGCGAGCGCCAAGAGAAGCACUGCCGGCACGUGGGAGGGCAGAGCACAAAGUCUCGGAUCUGCCAGUGCGCUCGCUCGACACGCGGCGCAGGGCAGGGAACAGAAGAAGAGCCAAUUCCUCGACCGGAUACGGCGGAGACGGGACGACGCACGCAGUGAGCUGGUAGGCGAUCAGGUGCUGCGCAUGGACUUUGUGAGGGAGCGAAGGAUAUGGGAAGACGAGAUGAGAAGACGGGCGGCUGCAGAGGCCGGCGUCGAUGGGGUUGGAGAGGUCGACAUUGACAUGAUGCUUGAUGACGAAGAGCAUGCCGCAGAUGAGAUGUCGCCGACAGAAGAGUUUGACCCGGAGCUGGAGUCAUAUUACGAUUAUCAGACCGGUGACUCGCUCGGACUGGAUGGCUCGAGAGAAGGCCGAGGUGGUGGUCAACACGGCGAUGACUUCCCGCUGGGUGAAGACGAGGACGAGGACGAUGAAUAUGAAGAGGUGUUUCGAGAACUCAUCCUCAGAGAUCAGUCGCAACGAGGCCAAGGCAGUCCGUUCAACCACGGUGCUGGUGGAGGAGCCGGGAACGCUGGUGCCAGGGGUGAGCAAGAGGAGUACGAUGCUGGUAUGGAUCUUUCUUGA